AUGUCAGUGACUUCAGCAACUUCGGGGGCACUGGUCUUUUCCGGUGCCACCCUUUUGGUGGCUCUUUUUGCCGCUGCUUCAAUUUAUUCACAAGUUUCAUCGAUUUGGAAUGAGUUGGAUGCGGAGAUUGCCAACUUUAGAGUAAGUAUUCAGCUUUUGGCAAAUUGAAAAUUUAAAAAUUCAAAAUUUGUUUAGUCAUUGACUGAGGAUAUGUGGGGAGAUAUGGUUAAACUUGGAGCCGGAAGUGCCUCAAACCGUGUUCGUCGUCAACAAUACGGAGGUUAUGGAGCGAGUGGAGUUCAACCACCAGCACCACCUCCAGUUUAUCCAGGAGGAAACAGUGGAAACCCACCAACUGGUGGAAAUCCACCAUUCCCAGAUGGUGGACCAAACGGAGUUCCACCAAGAUUCCCAGGAUUCCCAGAUGGUCCAUUCCCAAAUCCAAGUGGACCAGGAGGUUCGAGAUGUCAAUGUACUGUUGAGAAUACUUGUCCACCUGGACCUGCCGGAGAUGAAGGAGAAGCUGGGCCAGAUGGAUUUGAUGGUCAAGACGGAGUUCCUGGAUUUGACGGAAAAGAUGCGGAAGAUAUUCAAAAUUCUCCACCAACUGGAUGUUUCACAUGCCCACAAGGACCACCUGGACAACAAGGACCAUUGGGAGCACCAGGUUUGAGAGGAAUGCGCGGAGCACGUGGACAACCUGGAAGACCAGGGCGUGAUGGAAACCCAGGUAUGCCAGGAGAUUGUGGACCACCUGGAGCACCAGGAUCAGAUGGAACACCUGGAACACCGGGAGGAAAAGGAGACGAUGGUGAGAGACCAGUUGGAAGACAAGGACCACGUGGACCACCGGGAGAUUCUGGACCAGAAGGACCAGAAGGACCAGCUGGACGUGAUGCUUAUCCAGGAACACCUGGACCACAAGGAGAACCAGGAGUUCAAGGAUAUGGUGGAGCGGCUGGAUCUGAUGGGGGAGAAGGGCCAGAAGGACCAAGAGGAAAUCCAGGAAAGGAUGCUAACUAUUGUAAAUGCCCAGGACGUGAAGGAGAUGCUGGACGUGUUGCUAGACGUCACAGAACUUUCCAAAUUUAA